UAAAGAGCGGUCGACACACGAACGAAUAUUAUGGCAUAAUAUCAACAAGGGGGAAAUUAUGACUGUCUUUUCGAAUUACCAUGGCGAUUUUCAAAACAUUGCGCUUCCAACAUGCACUGUAUGCAUAUUAAACAGUUUACACUUUCGUGAUCAGAGACAAAGGCAUUGAAUUAAAUAAACCCUGAGAUUAAUGUUUACUUGUACAAAUUCCUUCGGAUUUAUUUGAUCAUGUAAUAUCAAGAUGACCAAAUCGUUCGCUAAACAUGUUGAUCGAAGCGAAUACUGAGUAUCGGUCAAGGUUUAGUCAUGGCGAAAGCUUUAAAGGAACGAGGAUAUACGAGUUUUUAAAUAUGGACAAUGAUUCGCUUCGGGUUCAUGAGACGGCGUUUGUACUGGUUUGAUGUUGUGGUUAUAAGAUGCAACUUUGGACAUUCGGAUUAAUUUCAUGUCUACUUCUGUGUACAUGGUUCUCUCUACCAGUCGUAAUAGCUUACCCAGAUGCAGAUGAACAAGACGAGUUAGAUGAUGUAGAUGACCAUGAGGAACUUUAUGAGGAUUGUCAUUUACUUAGGAAAAGGGAAUGUUGGAAGAGGACAGGGAACCACUAUGAUUGCACGACGACACGGUAUCCUUGUUCAAAUGGAUGUCACUUAUAUGACCGCACUACUGUUACUUCGUCUUCUCACGGCUAUAUAUUCAAGACAGUGUACCUUUGCCCAACUUCCACCGUCAGCCAAUCAAAGAUAACCAGCAGUAUUUUUAGUCAGUUCCUUCCCACCGAUGGUAAAAUGAAUACCAAAAUUGAUGAUGUGAAAUUGAAGACCAAAUUCACUAUAACACCAAGUAUUGUUGGCCCAAGCGUGGUUAUAGACGGUGAUUCAGAAGGAAAAUUGAGCUCUCCAAUUACGACUUCUGUUCUUUCGAAACUACCAAGGUUUUCUGGUGAAGCCAUCUCAUCAACGCCGCCAGCUACCCUGAGUCCGUCGAUAAUAACACAAUCGAAAGCAUCUUCUUUAACCCAUGAUGAUAAUGAAGAUAAUGUUGGUGAUGAUGGUGAGGAUGGUGAGGAUGGUGACGAUCGUGAUGGUGACGAUGGUGACGAUGGUGAGAGUGAUGAUGGUGAUGGUGAUGAUGAUGGUCGUGAUGGUGAUGAUCAUAUUUGUGAUGAUGAUCAUAGUGGUGAUGAGAAAGAUGAGGAUGACACAAGAAAACCUGAACGUCGAUUAAAGUCGUAUGAAGGAGCUUCACGUAAACAAAGUGUCAUCUGCCAAACUUCGUCUUCUUUUCAAAGUGCCACGAUGCAAAAACGGCCGUCCAGGACCAAGUCUAUGGCAACAAAGAUAAUGAAGUGGAAUUCAUCCGACAAACAAACAAUGAGCAGUACACCAUCUAGUAUGAUCACCAGAACUAUGACCAUCCAACCAGGACAGCCACGAAAUUCAUUUUACAGCGUUUUUUCACGCAGUAUUUCUUCCCAAAGCAUUUCACCAACCACACGUUCGCCGCUACCUAAACUAAGAACGUCUACAAACAUCCAGAAACCAGAUGGAACAAAAAACUCAAGAGAUAUCUCAUUUCUGUCCACUCCUGUUUUGAUGACCUCGAUUUUUACCACGAUGAAAAUUUCAUCAAUGCUCUCAGCUGUACCAAGUUCGACAUCAAGAAAACAAUCAAAAGCACUUUCUUCAAGCGAUGGUAAAAGAAACGAUGGCGAUGAUAUGUCGACGUCCGCAACAUUCAAUACAUCCACACGGAUUCUAGCCCGAACGACUCAUACCACCAUAAUGUCAACGGAAGCACCGUCUUUAUCCACUUCAAUUCCAACGUCAGGUGGUUCCUCAUUUAAAACUAUCGCAACUCCUCCACUCUCGUCAACAAUGAGCUCGAAAUUGAGUGAAAAUACCAUGUCAUCUUCUUUCUUACCUUCAUUCACCAGUAAAUAUUCGUCGACUCCUCCGUUAUUUUCAUCAAUAAGUUCAACAUCAAGUGGAAAUGUUAUACCAUCCACAUCCUCAUCUUUCGGGCAAAGUCCUUCAAAAUCUUCAUCAUCAUCGCCAGGGAACUCAAGUGGGAAUAUUGCAUCAUCUCCGUCUCUUUCUUCAUUCAAAGUGAACUACUCGGCAAUAUCAACAGAGAGUAGUAUUGCACCAACCUCUUCUUCAUCUUCAUUACAAACAUUCACGAGUUCAACUGGGAAUGCUACAUCAGAAUCAACAAGGAUUAUAACCCCAACUCCUACCUUAUCCACAAUGUCCGAAAAUUACUCCGUAAUCAAUGCAACUGUGAUUGUUGUAUUCUUAAAUAAAACCCAGGAAGUGCCAACAUCCAUCACACCAACAAGAUCGAUACUUCUCGCCGUAUCAAGUUCAGUUGCAAAAAGAGAACAUACAGUGUACUGCCGUGGUGGUUCAACUGGGGAAAAAUUUGAAAAGGGAACUCUAGAAUGGGACAAGACUCCAGUAGGUGACAGAGCGAAGGCUUCCUGCAAAUACAACCGGAAUAAUAAUACAGCGAUAGCUUACAGAUAUUGUAUGAUGAAUACGACAACUAUGGCACAAUACUGGGGUGAAGUGCAUGAUGAAAAUUGCUCUGCACUUGAAAAAAAUACAACAAUGAAAGAACUAAAUACGGUGGAGAUAACAGAAGAAAAUGAAAGCACGAUGGCCGUUUUGAUAGAUUAUAUCACGGCAACUUCGAAUGCUACAGUUGAUUUUGUCAAAGAUGGAGCAAAUUUUCUAGAGAAACUGAUAGAUGGAGCAACGCAUUUGUCAAAAAUCAGAAAAGAUGUUUUAAGUUCCAUCAGUAAUGUGAUGAAUGCAGAUCCAGCAGUUCUUGCUGAGGCGAACAAGGAACACCAGUCGACAACAAAAAUUUUGAAAAAAAUGGGGAAGUUGAUGGACGACAUGAGCCUUAGUGGACAAAAACGCGUUCGUGAAAAAUUAAGAAACUUAGUCGCUGAAGCAUGGGAUGUCGCAAACAAAUCAGAAGAUCUGAAGUUCGUAACCAAUUCCACAGAUGACUUUAAAAGAAGUUUGGUGUCUGUCACUUUGCCUACCACACUCCUCCAACGUUACACGGAAAAGACACGAAUUACCUUCAUAAAUUUCAUGAACGAUAAUCUUUUUCCUCAAAAUACAGAUCACACGAAGAAAUUUAUCAACAGUAAGAUCGUUUUCCAUCGCCAGUGUGUAAAGGUAUGA